GAUAAGUGAAAAAGAAUUAUCCUCAUCGGAAGUAAUGGACAAACUAAAAACCUUGGAAGAUUCAGUUGGUCUUAUAUUACAACAACUUAAAAAAUUAGAAAAAUCAAACGAAGCACCAACAGGAUCAAUAUCAACACCCCUGGCAAAUAUUUCAGAAGCACCAACAGGAUCUGCAUCAAAAGCACCAUUGGCAGUUGUGUCAGCACCCCUUGCAGUUAUUUCAGAAGCACCAUUGGCAUCAGUGUCAGCAACACAUUCUUCAGUUGCAACAGCAUCUUGGGAGAGUUUCCUUUUAUAUCGCUCCCAGCACCCAGGCCCAUUAUCACAGAGGGCCUUCUUCCGGUGGUGCCAAUAUGGGGGAGAUGAUCCCUCCUUUAGAUGGAGGAGACAGACCCCAUAUGGGGCCACCGGUAGGAGGAGUGGUGCUGGGAGGCAGAAUGACCAAAGGUCAAACAUUAUGAAUUUUUAUCAGUAGUUUUUUUUUUUUUUUUGUGUUAAUUUAUUUAUUU